CAGAAGCCCCUUGCCACGGAAGUCGUCAGUGGGCGAGCCGGCAGCGUCCGUGGUAGCUCGCCAUGGCGAUGGGCAGCGGCGGCGCGGUUUCGGAACAGGAAGACUCGGUGCUCUUCCGGCGUGGCACCGGCCAGAGUGAUGAUUCUGAUAUUUGGGAUGAUACAGCAUUGAUAAAAGUUUAUGAUAAAGCUGUGGCUUCCUUUAAGCAUGCACUGAAGAAUGGCGACAUUUGUGAAACUUCAGAUAAUCCAAAAGUCACAGCUAGAAGAAAACCCCCUAAGAAGAAUAAAAACCAAAAGAAGAAUGCCACAGCUCCCUUGAAACAGUGGAAAGUUGGUGACAAAUGUUCUGCUGUUUGGUCAGAAGAUGGCUGCAUUUACCCAGCUACCAUUUCUUCCAUUGAUUUUAAGAAAGAAACCUGUGUUGUGGUUUAUACUGGAUAUGGAAACAGAGAGGAACAAAACCUAUCUGAUCUCCUUUCCCCAACCUGUGAAGUAGCUAAUAAUACAGGACAGAGCACUCACGAGAAUGAAAGCCCAGCUUCAACAGAUGAAAGUGAAAACUCCUCCAGAUCUCUCAGAAGUAAACCACAGAGCAAGUCCAAAGCUGCGCCGUGGACUUCGUUUCUCCCGCCACCACCCCCAAUGCCAGGGUCAGGACUGGGACCAGGAAAGCCAGGUCUAAGAUUCAAUGGCCCACCACCGCCGCCCCCGCCCCCUCCUCCCUUCUUGCCGUGUUGGAUGCCUCCGUUCCCUUCAGGACCUCCAUUAAUUCCUCCACCCCCUCCCAUAUCUCCAGACUGUAUGGAUGACACUGAUGCCCUGGGUAGUAUGCUGAUCUCUUGGUACAUGAGUGGCUACCAUACUGGCUACUACAUGGGUUUCAGACAAAAUAAAAAAGAAGGGAAGUGCUCACAUACAAAUUAAGCAGUUCAGCUCUCUCCCACAGAGACGGUGUGUUGGUGUGGGUGAACAGAAGUCUCACUGUCAUCUCGGGACUCUUGGCUGAGUGGUGUCAUCACCAGUGUUCUCCCUGUCUGGGCUCUGUGCCUCACUCGCCAGUGGAGCGUGUUUAUAGGAGCACACUUUGAGGAACCCAGCGGUGGAAAUGGAGCGCGUGGAAGUCAGUCUGCCAAAGCUGUGACUGAGCACAACUGUAGAACUGUGACUUUCUUAGUGUGUCAAGAUUUUUAUUAAUGCCUUUACAAAUAAAUAAAAGUCCUUUUUUGAA